AUGCCUAGCGCCGGCGAUGCUCCUCCCAUUCUGGACUUCUCCAAAUUCUACCAGAGUGAUGCGACUUCCAAGAAACAGCUUGUAGAAGAAGUGCGAAACUGCUGUCUGCACAAUGGCUUCUUCCAGAUUACCGGACAUAACGUACCCAUCGAGUUGCAGCAGAAGAUGAUGGACUGGAAUAAGAAGUUCUUCAAUCUGCCAUUAGAAGAGAAGAACAAAGUAAACAAGGAUACAUCAAACACAUGGAACCGCGGUUACGAGCUGCUCAAAUCCCAGAUGUUGGAAGAAGGAACAUCGCCAGAGCUCAAAGAAGGAUACUACAUCGGCGAUGAAAUUCCCAAAACACAUCCCUACUUUCUCAACAAAAGACUCAACUCUGGCCCAAACAUGUGGCCCUCGGAGUCAUCUCUACCAGACGUGCAAGACUUCAAGAACACAUCACUAGAGUACUACGCCCAAGUCGUACAGCUCGCAAAAGAUAUCCUAAAAGUACUCGCUCUGACCCUCGAUCUAUCUGAAGACUACUUCGACGAAUACGCCAGCGGCGCAGUAGCAACAAUGCGGCUCCUCCACUACCCCUCGCAGCCACCCGACAGCCCAGCAAAACUCACUCGUGGAAUCGGCGCACACACAGAUUUUGGCUGCAUAACAAUCUUACUCCAAGAUACUGUUUCUGGUCUUCAAGUCUACGACUACACGACAAAAGAGUGGCUCGAUGUAACCCCCACUCCUGGCGCUUUCGUCGUGAACCUAGGUAACUUGAUGAUGCGAUGGAGCAACGAUCGUUACAUAUCCAAUCUCCAUCGCGUCAUUAACGUGAGUGGCGAGGAGAGGUACAGCAUUCCUGUCUUCUUCUCUGGAAACCCGGAUUAUGUGGUUAGUUGUCUGCCAAAUUGUAAGGCGGACGGGGAACAACCAAAGUGGCCUCCGAUUACAGUUGAACAGGCAAUUUUGGGUGGGUACAAGGAUUCUUAUGGACGGGCGGAGAAGUGGAAGAGAGAUGAAGAGGCGAGAAAGAAAAGCGAGACCGUUGUUGGGGUGCAGGAGGUAGCCGUUGCUUAG